AUGGUCUCUCCGUCCGAAGAAGUGUUGAUUUCCAAACCUCCCGUGGUCACGACAAUGAAGGCCAACGAGCUUAACGCCCAGUUUCUUCGAACAGUGCCCACCUUGCGCAUUCUGGCACCGAAUAACAACACCAUUGCCCUGCAGACUACCAUUAGAAACAUAAGUUCAACACGUGAGGACUUUGUCUUUGACGCUGACCGCCUCAUUCGCCUGGUCAUUGAGGACGCCCUGAACCACCUGCCUUCAACUGCCAAGACGGUGACCACGCCACCGGGUGGCACCUACGAGGGGGUCAGCUUUGCCAAGUCAAACUGCGGCGUGUCGAUCGUCCGCUCUGGCGAGGCCAUGGAGAAGGGACUGCGUGACGCCUGUCGGGCGAUUCGUAUUGGCAAGAUCAUCAUUGAAAAGUAUGAAAGUUUUGAUUCGCAGAAGGCAACUCUUAGCGUCCUCUACGCCAAACUGCCCGACGACGUGUCGCUGCGAAAGGUGCUGCUUCUCUAUCCGAUCAUAAACACCGGCGCCACCGUUAUCAAGGCCAUUCAGCUGCUGCUGGAGAGGAACGUCAAAGAGGCAAACAUCAUUCUCAUUAAUCUUUUCGCAACUCCAAAAGCUAUCAAAGCCGUGUCAAGCCGUUUCACCAAGGUCACCAUACAGACGGUGGACAUUCACCCCAUUGUGCCGGUGCACUUUGGCAGAAAGUACUUUGGAACCGAUUAG